GUCGCAAUAUUAAUCCCUAUUUCAAGUCCACAGUUGCGACUUUCUUUUCCAAAUCUUUAGAUUGAGAUAUUCUUGGACACGAGAACAUGUCUUCUCGACUUUUCUAUCGUGCUUACUCACCCAACAGCGCUGGUGACAUCGUUUGUGGCAAAGCAAAGACAGGUUUGCGUCCUUCUCAUAUAGACGUAACACGGGAAUUCGAUAAGCAUAGAGAUAUCGAAAAUCGAAUACCAACCGCUUUAGUUUCUGUGACUUCCAGCAUCGUCAGAGCAAUAAAAACUGCGUUCAAUAAGCACUACAAAGACGGUGAAAAUCGUGUUGGGAUCUGGAUUGUCUUUAUUAGAGUCCCAUAUCAGGAUGCAGAUGCAUAUCACUCUGCCCGAAAGAUAGCGGAAAGGUUUCAUGGAAUAAACCCUUUGUGGUUCAAGGAUGAAUAUCUCUUCGAGUGGGAAAUUCCAAUGAAAUAUGUUGUGCAUAGAGUUUCUGUGGGGACACUCGUUGAUCGUGGUCUGGAUAUGAAAGAAUAUUGCGAGGAAAUAUGGGAUAGAGAGUUAGAUCGUCGGGUCUCCAUACUACCAAGGACUGCAAUUCUACGGAAUAGGAUUGCAAACACUGUGUGUGACGUCUCUUAUGGCCACAAUCUGUUUGAAAGUCAUGUAUACCUCGCAGAAAUGGCACGAGCUUUCGGAGCAAGAGUAUUCUGUUUGAACAUUCCGUGGGAGAUCUUCGCAGAUUGCUGUGUGCAUAGUUACUCCUGUCCAACAGACUUUGUGCAGCGUUAUGACGCUAUGCAAGAGGAUUGUAACAUAGUGUUGUUGGAUUGGUGGCUCAUUGGAGACGUGUUCAACGAUGAAUAUGAGUCUCAUUUGGAAUAUGCCGAUGAACUCCAAGAGAUAAUGAAGUCGCAAUGGGUUGAGUUGUCAGGAAAUAUGAAUGACACCUCUGAGGAUUCUGCCUGGUUCAAAGAAGAAUAUGAAAAACUCAUGGAGAGAAAUGAAGAGAUCGAAGCUGAGAUUGAGGCAAAUGCGGUUAGGAUAGGGUUGUAAAAACUUCAUGUGCAGAUUUCUUAUAUCAUGUCAAGUAGCACUUACGUCGAAGUUAAUUUUUUUCGCAAGCAUAUUGGGGUCAAGUUUGAAUACACCGAGGGCUUCCCA